AUGGCGCGUUUGCCGCUGCUUUGCUGGGCCGGAAUCUGCCUGCUACUGCUCUGCAGAGGCUGCCAGCUGGAGGAGCCAGCGAUGGGUUUGAAGGAAGCCGUGAAAUCUGAUAGCAGUAUUGCAGCAGCUCUUGGUGGAGAGGCAAAUUUCUAUUGCAACUUCUCACUCUCCAUGGAUGUUUUGCAAGUCACCUGGCAGAAGAGAAAUGGGUCUUCCUUCUGGAACAUAGCCACCUACAGCCCAAACCAUGGGCUGAAGGUGAUAGGGUCAUUUCAGCAGAAGGUGCAUUUCACUACAGCAACCCUGAAGGCCUCAGCUCUCACACUGCAAAAUCUCACAUUCGAGGAUGAGUCCUAUUACAGAUGCAUUUUCAACGUGUUCCCUCAUGGCUCUUUCACCAAAGAGAUAUGCCUCAACAUCCAAACAAUUUCGGAGCUAACAGUGGAAUAUGAUUCCCACCUGCCCACCAAGGGUCUCCUCACUGCAGUCUGCUCAGCAACAGGAAAGCCCGCCCCCAAAAUCACUUGGCUGGAUGACAGAAACCUGGAGGAGUCCCCUGAAAUACACCACAUCCAAAAUGCAAAUGGAACAGUAACGGUGGCAAACAGGCUUACCUUCUCUGCCAGCCAACUCCAUGCCUUGGCCUGCCUCCUUGACCACCCACAGGGAAGGCAAAUGAAGGCAGUUUACUUGGAAAAAGAAAGGCAAGGUGUUCAGACAAACAUCAUCAUCAUCAUCAUGGCACUCAUAAUAGCUGUGUUCUGUAUAGUUUGCACCAUGAGACCGGUCAUCGCAAAAAGGAAAAAGUUAUGCACCAAGGAGCUCGGCUGCACACCCAUGAAAGAGGACAGAGAGGCAACAGCAGCUGGGGAGUCCAAGUACCAUCCCACCCCGGCUGCUCCUCGGCCCAGCACAAAGCAGAGCCAUCAGCCCACUGAAGUCCCACCUCCGUGA